AUGACUCAAAAUGAUUUGUUCCUUCUAUGGGGCUUGAUAUCGCCGAUUCUGGGCUCAGUUCUGGGCUCUCCGGAGCCUUUGACCAAUUCUAUCAUCCAAAAUAAGGAUCUUUCUGGUUCUUCCUACGUUUGGCUGAACGACAACACCGGCACUCCACGACAUAUGGCUUCGGGCGUUCUAUUAGGUAUCCCCAGCAACCCGGAUCAGAUUCCCGACCACUGGCUAUCUGAUAUCAAAUUCUGGAAUAUGAGAUCUGGUGGUUCCCAGCUGGCUGAACCCCGUCGCGGAUGGACCCGAGGGCUGAACGAGUUCAUGGGACGUUACGAGUAUCUCAAGUCUGCUUACCAGGUGACACGACGCCAUGGAGGAAACUUCCAGGUCAUGAUCCACGACAUUUUCGCCGACACGCCGAUGCCAGGCGACGGCGGAAGCUACCAGGACUUUGACAACUUCCUUGACACUUUCUUUACGUUGCUGAAACAGGAUGGCAUGGUCGACAACAUUUGGUGGGACCUUUGGAAUGAAAGCGACAAUGUUGACUUCCUUGAUCGCGGAAUUGAUAGAUGGCUGGAGUACUGGGGCCACGCCUACCACAAGGUUAUGAGGGACUUUCCUGACGCUAAAGUCAUCGGGCCUUCUUAUCGCCAGUAUCUGAACGUUGCUGGUGUCGAUUUUCAAGGCACUUGGAACGUCCAGGAGUAUGGCCACCCCGACCAGCAGGUCCCAUCCGGUCUCAUAUGGAACAUUGGUCAGCUAGAGCGACACAACGUGUCCGGUCUCCGUGCCAAUUGGCUGGGCGGUCAGGAACUCAACGAUUAUCUGGCAUACCUCCUCGGGAAGGACAAGACCGGUGCCAACUAUGACAUGUACGACACUAGUUACCGUCCUGCUCGGGAGUACCCGGUGUACGUCUAUUACGCCCAGAGCAUGACGGGGUAUCGUGUGCGAACUGAAAUGUCAGAAGACACGCUUGUGGAUACGUACGCUACCGUGGACCCCGACCAGCGAGUUGUACGUAUCCUAGCUGGAUGUCGUCCAACCACUGGCGUGUGGUUUGUCAAGAUCGGAGGAUUAAGCGCCCUCGGACUUCCUGAGUCUGGAUCACUGCCUGUCAAGGCUAUCCGGUUCAACACGGCUCCAGGACGAUUUGAUCGCGUCACUGGACCCGAAGAUCUUGGUUGCACAAACUACGGCUAUGGAGAUGGCGUUGUCACAGUCGCCGUGUUUCAAAGUGAUCCGGAUGUCGGCUUCGCUUUUGAAUUCUCAUAUUGA